AUGAUGGAUGCUGUGGACUUUGAGUUGUGUCUUGACGUGGAUGAAUAUCGCAAAAAACCCCAACCUCAGAACCAACCAGACGCAGAAACCAAAGCAAAAGCAGAACCAGAAACAACUCCCCUUCUAAACAACGCACCCCCCAAAUCGCCCCUCGUCCGCAAAUACGCCCAGUUCGUCGAAGACGAGUACACUACACUCAGCAGGAAGAAGGAGAAUGACAACGGCCACAACGAUACGGGAUUCUGGCUUUCGCUGCCUCCUAAACGGCCCAGACUCUCUCCUUCGGAGUUGGGUGUAGGUUUGGAAGAAAGGGCUUCUACUGUUAUUGAACAAUACGGGACUGUUGGAUGUAUGGGAUCUACUGGUGUUCAGGGACGUGGUGAGGGUGCUUGUGCCGGGGCUGGAACUGAUGCAGGCGUGGAUGGAGACGGAGAUACGAUGAUGGAUGUCGAUGCUGAUGCUUUGUCGGAUUUACCGAUUCGUACUACGAUAAUAGCUCCAUCUCCAGCUACAGCUACAGCUACAAUUACACCUCCACCCUCAACCCCAACCCCAGGUCGAAUGCCAGCUCGACCGUCAAGACCACCCCCCUCCGCAUCAACCCAAUUCGCAAUCUACGAAGACCCCGACACAAUGGACGUCGACGACACUGACAUCAGACGUUAUUCUACACCUCUCCACAGCCCUACGUACAACACUACACCUGGUGAUGGCCAAACCACCACCAGUAACAACAACAGCCACUACAUCCACCCCUACGUCUCCUCUCAAACAGACGAAGACAAAGAAAACACCGAAAACGAAAACGAAGACGAUGAAGAAGACCGCAACACAGGUGAGACACACUCCUCUCAGCAAAGCACCCUAACCAGCCUCACCGAAGGAGACCACCACCACCACCAUCACCGCCAACAAUACCAUCAAAGAGAUGGAGAAAACGAAGACCAAGAAAGCCAAGCCGACGACGAAGCCGACGACGACAACGACGACAUCUACUCCCGCGACUCAGCAACCACCCCAUUCAGAAGCCCACCAAGCAGAAGAAUGACGUUGACGAGAAGACGCCGCCCACACCAGUACUACACCUACCACCCACACGGGUACCUGGGUCAGCGGCCGGGGUAUGAGUAUGGGUUCGUGGAGGGCGGCAGUGAUACGAGUACUAAUGCCGAUAUCAGUACCAGUGUAAGGGGAUUCGUCGGUGGGGAACCGAGUUGGAAUCGUUCUCCUGGUUCGAGCUCUACGAUUACUGCUUUUGGGGGUAGAGAGGGAAGGGAAAGGGGGGACGUUACUCCCGGCAUAGAGGACGGUGGUGGUAUUGCGGAUAGUGCCGACCCCGUCGAUAUCAGACAGGAGAUGCUGAGCUCGACGGCUGUUCCGGGGGAUUAUCACCGUUCGCGAGGGGGUCUACGUCGGGUUUAUCCUUGGAGUGCGGGUGGGAGUUCUGGACAGGUCUAA